AAUAUGUCGAACAAGGUCAAGUGGUCGGAGCUUAACGCUGACGUUCUGCAAUCAAUCCUUGAACGUUUGAGCAUCAUUAAUUAUCUAAAAGCUCGAUCCGUUUGCAAGAAUUGGCGCGUAGUUUGCAAACAAAUCUCUUCAAUACAAGACAAGUUUCCAUGGAUAAUAAUCUUCCCUCGUAGAAGACCAAAGAACUCUACAUGUCAAGUGUUCAAUCCCCAAGAAGGUAAAUCUUACACACUGAGAAAUCUUGGCAACGACUUCUCUACACACCAUUGUAUCGCAACUUCUGGAAGCUGGCUCUUAAUGUUAGACCUACGAUCAAAUCUAUACGUUUUGAAUGUUUUCACACGUGAGAGAAUCGAACUUCCGCCAUUAGAGUCACAUCAAGGGAGGCUACAAGUUCAUAGAUUACAAAACAACACGUUCACAUUCAUGAUCAAUCAAUCAUCAGUACCGGCAAGAAACGUUCUAAACCGGACAAAAGCGGUUUUAUGGGUCGACGAGAAAACCAAUGGUUACAUAGUUGUAUGGUCGAUAGGUCUAUCUUAUAUAAUGUACACUAAGAAUGGAUUCGAUUUCUGGAGAGAGAUACCUACAAAAGAAGGUCCUGAGAAUCUCCACGGAUGUCAAGAUAUUGUCUACAAAGACAACAAGGUUUACAUUUUGACAAGUCUAAACCGAAUCAGAAUCUUGGAUUGCUCUCAAGAACUCCCUAGAGCGUUACUAGAUAACGUUGAUGAUGAUCCGUUUAGGGAUGAUCAAAGAAGGCGGGGUAAGAUCGGUUUUACCGUCUCUGGUGAGGUUUUGAUGGUGAAGAACCAGUUAAAUCAGGUUUUCAACAUUUUAAAGAUGAACUCAGAAGGGACAAGUUGGGAUGAGGUGGAGUCAUUAGAGGGAGAAGCUUGGAUCACUGAUCUUGGUGUGACUGUACCGGCAGUUGAUGGGACUAGACCAAACUCGAUUUAUUAUAGAUAUAAGUCUAUCUAUCGUGGUGAUCUUUCGAUUCAAGUGUUGGAGAUGAUCCUAGAUGUUGACAAGAAUGGUCACGCGAGGUGGUUUAUUCCUAGUCUUCGUGAGAUAUAAGAAAGAGAUAUAAUCAGAUCAAAUGAUUUUUUUUUGUGUUGCUUUUUAUUUAUGUAUUUGUUGAUUAGUGUUUGUUUAUAGUUAUUUUUUAAUUCAUCUAUAUCGAUAAAAUAUACGGAAAGACCAAUUGGAUACUUCCUUGAGCUCUACGGCACCAAGUUUUUUGUCACUUCGGACGAGUACAGGUUUUCAAAAGACAGCUGUUUAGUGGCUAAACGAGAAAAAUGGAAUCUGUCGUUGCUUUGGCUAUGAAACAAUUCUAUAUCUUCUCAGACAAGAAAGUA